UGCAGAGCUCCUUCGUGGAGGUGGAGAGCAGGGACCCGCAGCAGCAGCAGCUCUGUGGAUCCACUGACAAGCCACAGACAAACACAGAGCUGCUGUCAGUGGACUGGCAGUGUCCGCCAUGUGGAGGCUACAACAGAAUCCAGAUAAAUUAGAUUAUUGGAUUGGCUGCUGCAGAUUAUAGCUCUCCUGCUUCCCCGGUGCCUCUCAAGAAAUCCACGUAUUUGAAGCUGAGUUUUCUGGACAGCAGAGACUGGCAGCCAUGCUGACCAGCUUUUUCGAAGGUCUCCUCUGCUGCCUGACCUCAAAGUCGGCCAACAUCGUGGUUCCAGUAGAAACCUCAGAACCCGCCGAUGGCUACGAGUUUGUGGAAGUGAAACCAGGCCGCGUCCUGCGGGUUCGACACAUCAUCCCCGAGCGGCCGGUGGUGGAGGAACCCACCGGGCAGGGUGGCAGUGUCAGCUGCAAACGAAAGAUCACAGUGUAUCGCAAUGGACAACUUUUCAUUGAGAACUUGGGCGACACAGCCAGUGCAGAGCUGAAAAAUGGCCAGAAUGGAAAGACAGAGCCUAACAGCCCAGUAGAGGUUGAACCUGCAGACUGUGUUAAGACCUCACCGCCCGCCAGCCUCCCUCACCCCCGGUCAGACGGCAUCACAGCUGGAAACAACGGGGCAUCUGAAGCAGGAGCAAGAGACGUGGCACCUGCUGCUGAUCAGAACGACCAGUUACAGCAGCCGAGGAUGCGCAGGCGGAAACCCAAACGCACUGUGGUGAUCGACUGCGAGAGGAAGAUCUCGGCCUGUAAAGGGACACACCAGGACGUGGCCCUGUUCUUCAUCCACGGAGUGGGAGGCUCUCUGGACAUCUGGGGCAGUCAGCUGGACUUCUUCUCUCGGCUGGGCUACGAGGUCAUCGCCCCGGACCUGGCGGGUCACGGAGCCAGCUCGGCACCGCAGAUCGCUGCAGCGUACACGUUCUACGCCCUGGCUGAGGAUAUGAGACUCAUCUUCAAGAGAUACGCACGGAAGAGGAACAUUCUCAUCGGACAUUCCUACGGUGUGUCGUUCUGCACGUUCCUGGCUCACGAGUAUCCGGAGCAGAUCCACAAGAUGGUGAUGAUCAACGGCGGCGGCCCCACGGCUCUGGAGCCCAGCCUCUGCUCCAUCUUCAACCUGCCCACCUGCGUGCUUCACUGUCUGUCGCCGCUGUUCGCCUGGAGCUUUCUCAAGGCCGGCUUUGCUCGGCAGGGUGCCAAGGAGAAGCAGCUGCUGAAGGAGAACAAUGCCUUCAACGUGUCGUCCUUUGUGCUGCGCGCCAUGAUGAGCGGGCAGUACUGGCCCGAGGGGGACGAGGUCUACCACGCCGAGCUCACCGUGCCCAUCCUGCUGGUGCACGGCAUGCACGACAAGUUUGUUCCCGUGGAGGAGGACCAGCGCAUGGCAGAGAUCCUCCUAAUGGCCUUCCUGAAGUUGCUGGAGGACGGCAGUCACAUGAUAAUGAUGGAGUGUCCCGAGGUCGUCAACACACUCCUGCAUGAGUUUUUCCUCUGGGAGCCCGCCACCCCUCCGCCGCCAAAGAAAGAGUCCAAAACCCGUCCGGAGACUGCCAGAGCCAACUCCGACCACGCCAAGGCCUCGCCUGGGCCCGCCAAGGUCCGACCGGCGACCGCCAGGCUAUCCUCAUCCAACUGCGGCACGGGGGAGAAGCCAGACAGCAGGGCCAAGAAAUGACUGAAGACAAAAAGCUGAAGCAGAUUAAAACUGAAACGUCCAGCGGUUGUUUCACUAAAUCACAGCCGUCCUGGACAACGGAGCUGGCUGGAGCUGUUGAGACUGAUGAGGAGCCAAAAGAGCCAGUUCCUCUGAAGGGCUUCAGCUGACUUUGGACACGACACAGACCUCACAUCUGAUUCCAGGGUUGUCAGCUGACAGACGGAGGAAAGGGAGCUCCAGUAACUUAACAAGACAAAGACGGGCCGUCCCCCCAUCCUCAGCAGGGAUGAGAUGGUUGUGCCUUGAAGUGAUGAUGAAGUGGUGUUGUGAGAGUGGGUGGAGCAAGAGGCAGAACCAUUAGCAAGAACAGUUAUCAAGCAGCAAAAGUCAAAUGUGACCUCUGUGGACAAAACGUGUCACCUGCUGCACAGAAAGGUUUAAGAGAGAUCCAUUCUAUCAUCUUUACCACUUAUCCUCAGAGGGUCCGGGGGCAGCUGGAGCCAAUCCCAGUCAGGAGUACACCCUGGACCAGUCACCAACGUACCACAGGGCGGACAUAUAGAGACAAACCAACAUUCACCCCCAGCACGGGGGAUUUAGAGUCUCCGAUAACCAAAUCAGUCUUUGGACUGUGGAGGAAGCCGGAGGAAACCCACACAGAAACAAGGAGAACAUGUAAACUCCACACAGGACGACCCCCGGGCCAUGCUGGGAUUCAAACCGACAGCGUGGCAGUGGUGCUGCCCACUGCCUGGCUCGUUGAUAAGCCUAAUGUACUGGUUUCAUCAGGUUUCAAUAUCAAACCGUGACACACCUAGCCACCUGUGAAGUGUCUACAUGGAUACAUUUGAAACCUCGCUCAUUGCAGCGAUGAUUUAAAAAGACUAAAUUAAAUAUUGUGCUAUGCAAAGCGCAACUAAAAUGCAAAGAUAUCCAGUGAAUUAAAUGUCAUUUAUUUGUAAUCUUUGACACAUCUUCGGACUGAGCAAUAUUAUUACUUCUGCACCGUGAGUUAGAAGUUUACAAGAUCAGGAGUUAUAAAUAAAGAUAUGAAGGGAUAGUUCACUGAAAAACUGAACUCGUUAUCUCCUCUCCACUCUGCGGAUGGAGGGGGGGGGGGGGUCCCCAAAACACUUAUUGAGUUUAAGAGGUAAACUUUUGUUGCAGCAGAAUCAAAUACACUUAAAGUCGAUGGUGACUCCCUCUUCAGACGUUAUUUAACAACAGAAAAACCAUAACAUAGCUUGUUUUAAUGUUUUUUAUGGUUCACACGGAGCAAAUAAUGUAUGCAGCUUUUAAUUACAUAUUUAUUAUUAUUUAAAAAUAUAACAUUUCAGCCACUCUGUGCUCUGAAAUCGACCCUAGAAUUUUUUAUUUAUUCUGUAAAUAAUGAUCGUUCAUUUUGCAUUGAAACUUGAACUGCAAUGGUCUUUUUCUACCUAGAGAGGAUAAAUAGUUACAGUAGUCAGCAAGAAGCUAUUAAAUCCAAAGCUCCACAAUACCCACAAUGCAGUAGUGCUUGUGUUUACAUUCAUUUACAUGUUCUUAGCACUUCAAUAAUUGUAUUAUUUAUGACGUAGGUUCAUUGCUUUUUAUAUUUGUUUUAUACUUAUAAUAUGCUUUUUAUACGUUCUACAUAGAUUUGUGAUGGAUUCUUAGAGAUUCACCAGAAGCUGUGUUCAGGGAGGAAGCUGUUCUGAUCAGAGAAAUGCAGCAGGUUGGUUGUCCUGUUAUUUUCAUAUCUUGUGUCUUAUAUUUAUAUUUGUUUGCCUUUGACAAUGAUGAUGUAAAUAAACUGCUCAUUUGGAGAAUUUGAA